AUGGCGGCAACUGCUCCAGCAUUACAAGUGUUUUUAGAGUGGUCACAAGCUACAUUUCCAAUAAGAUUAUGUUUUAUUAUUCCCAGACUUGAAAAUGAAUUUAACACUCCCAUAACUAAUAAUUUAGAACACGGGAUAGUUUCUGACAUUAGUGUUCAAGAUAUUCCAGACAAGGGUUUAGGUUUUAUUACUAAUCGUGAAGUCGAUCGUGACAAUUCAAUAGUAGUAUUUAUCCCUAGUAAACUUUUAUUAAAUGCGACGCAAGUUAGAAAAUAUGCAAAAGAGAAGGCACCGAAACUUGAAGAAACUUUUCAAGCUUUACAUAAUAAUGGUAGAAUGUUGAAUGAACGUUUAAUACUUAUGUGUUUUUUAUUACAUGAACGUAUUGGUAGUAAUGAUUCACCUUCUUUAUGGAAAGCAUAUGUUGACAUUUUACCACGUACACUUCAUACACCAUUAUUUUAUGAUUAUACAUUAAGAGCUUGUUUAAAUGGUACAAGUUUAGAAGCAGCAAUAGAUGCGAAAAUCAAAAAAUUACAAAGAGAAUAUAAUACUCUUAGACCAUACUUUAAUAGAUGGUCAACUCAAGGAAUUAAUAAUAAUUUUAAUGAUGGUCAUGAUGUAAUCACUUUUGAACAUUAUCGAUGGGCUGAUGGAGUAUUUUGGUCUAGAAUAUUAUCAUUUGGUAGUCGUUUUGAAGAUAUUUCAACUGAAUCAAAUUUAUUAAAUUCUAAUAUAGAUGAUUAUCAUUUAGUACCAUAUCUUGAUUUCGCGAAUCAUUCUUUAACUCCAUGUUCAAGGUGGGAACUUACAAUUGAAGGUGAAGGAAUUGAACUUAUUUUAACAAAACCUGAUACACCAGAACAAAUUUCUCCUGGUACAGAGAUUUGUAUUUCUUAUGGGGAUAAACCAAAUUCAGAAUUAUUAUUCGUUCAUGGAUUUACUUUAAGUGAUAAUCCUUGGUCAGCUAUUUCAUUCCCUGUACCAUUUUUUGAUGAUGAUGAAUUGGUUAAAAUAAAAAUGAAUUUUAUGCAAUUUCAUGGAAUUAAACAUUUGGUAUCAGUAACUAGAAAAAAAGGUGGAGCGGAAUUAACACAAGAUUCUACUAGAGCUAUGUGGAUAAGUGUAUUAACUGAAGAUGAUGGAUUAAAAUUUACACAAAGUUCUGAUAGUGAAAAUUGUGUGGAAUUAAUUAUUGGUGAUAAAGUAAUUUCUACACUUGAAGAUUUAGAUAAUGUAAUUAAUGGAUUAGAUUUUUAUCCAAUAAUUGAAUGGCGAGUAGUAGAUUCUGUAUUAGAUAAUGUGGAAAAUCUUUUAUCAUAUCUUAAACAGGCAAAUGAAAAAGUAUUGAAAAUGAUGGAAAAUGAGAGAAAUUCUCGUGAACUAGAAUAUAUUAGAAUAUAUCGAGAGGAUGAACAUAGAUUUUUGGAAUACGCAGUUGAAGAUUUUACAAGAAAACGUGAAUCUUUAAUGUCAGAUGAAAUAGUACAACGUUUUAUAGAUUAUUGA